AUGGCAAAUGAAACAGAUUUACUGAAAGCAAAGAUUCAAGAAAGACUAAUAGAAUCAGGUGAAUAUGAUCGCAUAUCAACUGCAUUGAAGCAAAAGUUAGCCGAGUCUGGGUGGUAUGAUAAUAUAAAGAGCAUAGCAAAUGACCAAAUAAGCCAUGAAGAUAGUUUAAAUUUUAGCAGGUUGAAUCAACAACUUGAACCAAAAGCAUUAGAAAUGGUACCUGAAAGUGUCAAGAAUGAUACCUUACUUCAAAUAAAACAAUUUUUAGAGACUGUUGUUGAAAAAGAGAUAUAA